AAUGUUUAUGUACGGUGACCGCCAAUGGGAUUGAAGCAUAGGGGGCGUGUCAUUCUUUUGGAGGAAAGAGGCAAAACAAUCUUUUAUCCUCUGGACCGGGCGGCUUUUUGGAUAACCCCGGUAGCCAAACGCCCAAUGUAGAGUAGACGUAGAAGGACGAUACAAGUAAUUCCCAGCAAUCCCGAUAAAUGUAUCUCACUCGAGAAUUUUGCACUAAGAUCUACAGAAAGUGGGUUUUCUUUCUUUAGUGCACACUUGGUCGCUCUUAAAAUGGAUUCGAGAUCAGUUUUGGACAAACCGGUUGUUGGGACACGGCUCGGCGACGCGGACUACGGCUACCGACCAACUCGCUCGGUGCCCCGCGACAAUCGGCUGGAGAAAAGCGCCGGCGGCGGCUUACGGGCGGUUGCCACCACAAACGGGACCGUACUCCUCAAAUGCGUGCGAGACGGCCAGGAGACGAAGGAUAACGCCCCUGCUGAAGCGAACGGACGAAGGUUGCACGACGGGGAAAAAACUGGCCUGGGCGAACACAGAGACACCGGUUGCACUACAAGCCUGAAGAGGUCCAGUCCUACUCACUGCCCAGGCACAAAUGGGCAAACGCCAGGCAGCUUUAUGCACUUGGACAUCAGGACUCAAGAGAGGCAGGUGGAGAUGCCCAUCAGCUUCAGGCCAGCGCCAGGACAGAACGCACCACAGAUGGAGCGACAACCGCUCCCUUCCUCUCAUAUCCCUGUCCCCAGAAACAGGAAGCCCUCAGGUCAUGCUGAUAAAGAGGUGAUGGCCGCUGCUGUCCUGACAUCGCUGUCCACGUCCCCGCUGGUGCUCUGCCCGUCCUUCGCGCCAACAGCUGCGGUUCCAGAGCCGGCGAUUCGGGCUUGGAAGGAGGCGCUGUCAGGCAGCUACAGCAGCUCCACCAGCGGCAACUGGAGUUGGGAUGCCAGCGACCAGUCGGUGCCCUCCACGCCAUCCCCGCCUCUGUCCAACGACGCCAACAAGAACUUCCUGCUCCCGUCGCAGGGAGAUGAUGGCAGCGAAGACGUCGCGGAGAGCACACACUUCAUGUUUGAGGACCCCAUACCUCGCAAACGAAAGAACUCCAUGAAGGUGAUGUUCAAGUGCUUGUGGAAGAACUGUGAAAAGGUCCUCAGCACUUCCUCAGGAAUUCAGCGGCACAUCCGCACCGUCCACCUGGGGCGUAACAGUGACUCGGACUACAGUGACGGAGAGGAGGACUUCUACUACUCAGAGAUCGAGGUCAACAUGGACAGCUUGACGGAGGGCUUGUCCAGCCUCACGCCCACCUCGCCUACAACGGCCGGCCCCCCGCCCAUCUUCCCACCGCUCCUCGCCGACGUCCCAGACAUCAACAUGAACGGGACGUGCAGCCACGCCCCGACACCGCUCAGCCAAUCGGCUCCCUCCACGCUCUGCCACAUCCGCACCGACCAUGCCUACCAGGGGCCUGCGGUGACUCACGUGCGUACAGUGAGUAUCGGGGAAAAGCGGCAGCCGGCAUCCGGCACAAAUGUCAUCGGUAACAAGAACCAGGCUUUAAUCAUGACGACGCCUAAAUCUGCAGCAGGAAACAGGAAACCCCGCGGGGAGGCCAAGAAGUGCCGAAAGGUGUACGGCAUGGAGAAGAAAGAGAUGUGGUGCACGGCCUGUCGCUGGAAGAAGGCCUGUCAGAGAUUCACCGACUAAAAGCCCUCCCUCACUUUUAGUAGCCCCGCCCCCAUUUGCCAGCAAGAUGAGCUCCGCUAUUUGGGGCUGGAGCAGGCUUCUUCUUCUUCUGCUUCUCAGUGCUCCGUCCUGCAGAGCAGCGGGAGGUUUGACUUCGCUCUCUACUCUUUCCAAACAGAAAAAAAAUGGAGAAAAAGGAACCUUCUGCUGGUUUUGAAACUUUUUUCUUAAGACUGAGAGACUUUUCACUCGCUCACUGUUGAUAAUUAAUGGGGGAUGGGGGUGUAGGGCAGAAACUUCUAUUAGAAUUGGGAACUGUCAGAUGAUAUUUUUCACUUUUUUCCACCCAAUGUGUAAAACGACAAAUAUUUUGAUAUACUCAGUUGGUCACACUAGCAACAGCGCGGCGUAAGCUAUUGUUGACGGAUCAGCGAACGGGUACACGAACCUCCAGAGCACAUCAGCGUCACACUGUUAAAAAGUUGGCCAAACCUCCGGUUGAGUUCCAGCCACGUCUCAUCAUGGUUGUUGGAGACCGAAGUGGCGCGCGUCUUGCGCCUGUCCAUCCAAUCAGGCUUUCGUUACUGCCAGCCAAGACAUUGUCACAUUUUGCAACGAUGCACAAAACCCUCUCACCACGUGGUACAAAAAGAAUACGGAUUCCUUCCUUUGACUUUCCCAAAAUAUGCCUGAGAGAUGUACAGAAUAUAAGAUGUAUAUUUCCCCUUCCUCUUGCGCCUAAAGAUAUGCACCUUGAAGAAGCGAGUCGACUUUUACAAGUAUCACUGUAAGCCUGGGAGAGAUGAUAUGCAUUUGAUAUAGAGAGUUUAUUUUCGGCACGGGCGUGCUGAAUCAACUAGCAGUUGCACCGUGCAAUCGGCAGCAUUACAACUCGUUGAAUUAUUGUCUUUCUUUCUUUCAUGUUGUCAUUGUUGUGAGCCCAGACAGACAGGCUCGACUUUUCUUUGGGUUUCAUUUGACAGCUGAUGUUUUGACAUUCUGAGAUCGUUUGUUGUCACCGCAGAUUGUCCUUAACUGCCCUUUCAACCCCCCACACGCAACCCCGACUGACCUCACGUACGCUGGAUGGAAAAAGUCAACACAGCCACGCUUAAAUGGCAGGUCUUUGUGCUGAAAAAUAAGAGCAAGAUAAUGCAGUCAAAACCGACAGUAUAUCAUGUACAAGUCAAUUCAAAAGAAACAUUGGGAAAUGUUAUGGCCCGAUGAAACCAAGGUGGUUGGCCAUCAUUUCAGAAGAUAUGUUUGCCGCAACCACGUUCUCGCUUUUUUUCCCCUCCAAAAUAUUGAAUCAUUCUUUCAAUUGAGUUGUACAGGUUAUAAGUCACAAAUACACAAUUUUAUCUUCGUCUCAUUUUUGCAUAUCGCAAACCCUGCCCUUUUUGAACAGGGGUGUGGAGACGUUUUAUUCCCACCGUUCACAGUGAGCCCACCAUCACUUUCUGUUUGUCGGGCAGGCCUUUAAUGUGGAAGGCUUUAACAUUAGCACACCUGACCUCGCUGGAACAUUUGUUGUUUAUAAUCCUUCAAGUGAUCCUACGCUGGGUUGGAUAACGUUCGGACACUCGUCAUCAAAUACAUUUGAAAUGCAGCUUUGACGUGAUUGAUAAUAAGCUGAAGGUUCUUAGUUUGCUUGUUUAUUUGUUUGUUUGUUUGUUUGUUUGUUUGUUUGUUUGUUUUCUUCCCAGAUUUAAACUUGCUGAUUGAUUUUUUUAGAUGAGUUAGUGAGGGGAAUGCUUCACUUAAUCACGAACCCAUUUUGAAUUCGCCCAAGAUAUGCGGGAGAGCUGAGGAGAAUGAUAGCCAGUGACAAUCAAGACAUUUCGAUUCACGCCACCGGCAGCUUUGUGUUUUGCUAAAUGACCGUCAUUGGUGAUUUUAGUGAUGAAAGUAGACUAAACCCUCGCUCAUCGUGUAGUUCGUUGGGUGUAUUUGUUCCCUAAAGAGUGACAUGUUUUGCUAAUUAUUGUAGAAUUCCUACAUUCAAAUACCCAAGAAGCUCUUGACAUUUCCCCUCUUUUACUUGACUAAUUUGUGUUUUAAAUUUUUAUACGUUAGAACACCGGCGCAGGGACAGAGGAUCCAUUUCUCCGAGCAUUUUUUUCAGUGCAGAUUUGAUUGCGUCUCGUCUGCGCAGCCCUCCAUCCAUUGUCACGGAAACGUGGCAAUCAUACAGGCUAUCACAGCAGGUGCACUUGUGACCUUUGUCCUCCGUUGCCUUGGAAACGUCCCCUUUCUUGAGGAUUGCCCAAGUGUAUGCAUAGUAUCUUGUCGGUUUCCGUGUUUCUCCUUUUUUAUUUAAUUUUUUAAAAACUCCAGUAAAGUGAUAAGCUAGCUCUCUCUUGCCCUGUGAUUGGCUGACCUCGUAAUGGACAGAAACCUCACAAAAGUGCCAACGACAAGAACAUAACAAAAAGGAAAGCUAUACUGAUCUGAAUCAAAUUGCACUACAUUGCACUGCGUAACGAUACUUUUUUUUUUUUUCAUUUUCUACAUCAACAUUUUCUAUACACACGAUUUAAAAGCCAUUGUUCCGAUUUCCCAAAACUGAUGUUUGAGGGCCAUUGCCCAAUGAGAGAAAUGAGACGUCAGGGAUUAAAAACGCCUCCCAUUAUCAUCAUCAUCAUCUUCAUGGUCCUCAUCCGCUGAACUGUUCUGGCCCUUCUUUGACUAACAUAGAGUUGUGUUAGUCGUGUUUCCUCCAGUGCGGUACCAUUGCGUGCUUGAGGAGUUGUGUGCUCGAUUCUCGCGAUUCAUCACGAUCCUUCACGAUCCUCGGACCUUCAUCUGCACUGUGAUUGCGCUUCCCACUCACUUGAAUGAAUCCCUCUGUGCAUUGUGUGCGGUGUGUGUGUGUGUGUGUGUGUGUGUGUGUGUGUGUGUGUGUGUGUGUGCGUGUGCGCAUGCGCUCAUACCACUUGUCACCAAGAUAGACGAGAAACCCAGGCGAUGACUUUCCAAAGCAAGCACUUUUACAGCUCUUCCACUGGGAUAUGCGUUGACCCGGGGGGUGUCCAAAACUUCAACCACCCAGGGAUGCAUACAGAUUAACAACAAAAGAUACGAGGCCAUUUUAUUAUGAUUCAUCUUAAUUUAUUCAAGACAUUAAAAGCAAAAGUGUCAACGGGAGAAGGAACAGCGAAUAUCCGUGACGAAUGGAUCGCUAAACUAACUAAAAAGUUUGUAAUUGCCUAUAAACGGCACUAUAACGCGGCAAAGCACUUUUUUAAAUUUGAUAAGCCGAUGAGUUUCACUUGUUCCGUGUCCGCGCUUGUAGCACAAAACACUUCUCAAAUCAUCUUUCGCCAAUUAAAAUGAAUGGGAACGCCAUCAAUUUGUAAUGUGUUUAUUACUCAGAAAAAUAGCACUCCAUCAUCAUAUUUGUAUGUUAUAAAGCCGCCAACAAUCCCAUCCUUAAAUAGAAUUUAAAUUAUGAAACAAUUUUUUUGGCCUCAUUUUUUUGCUCCACUUCCACAGACACUGUGCUGAUCCUUGUGCCCCCAAUGGCCACUUGGGGGGAGUGUAAUACAGACAGCAAAUAUACAUGGGGGUGGGCAUAGCUUCACAGUAAGCCGCAAUAAAAUUAGGCGAUCCUGGCAGAAGAUAAAGAGUAUUUGCCGGUGAUUUUUGUUAGAUGACUCAUGUCAUCUGUAUUUUUCUCAAGCACUGCUAUUCUCCCUCAUUAAAAUCCACAUGACAACUUUUUGGUGUUUUGGGGUGGAAGCUGUUUCCAUUCAUUUCAGUGGGAAAAGAUGGUUUAAAAGUAUUUUGUGUUACGACCGCGGUCAUGCCGCGAAUUGAACUUGUCUCUCAAGACAUCGCUGCAACUUGAUUUACUGGGGCGCCACAAAGCAAAAAGACUGCUAACAUCGACGUCAGGCCCCAUUUUGGACACCCCUGAUUCACGUGGCGAUUGCGCUUCCACGUAUCCAGCUGAGCUGCGUGUUACGUGCGUGUGCGCUGCUACCCUACAUCUGCUUUGGGACUUUUGAUAGAGCAGCAACCCCCAGGUGACCAACCCAAGCUCCCAAGCAAGCACUUUUAUCUCCUCCGUCAGCACGUGUAGCGCAAGCGCAUAGAGCGCCUUCAGUCUAGCUUUUGUGUUGCACUAAUUUGGCCAGUGACGAUCAAGCCCGUCGUGGUGUAACCUUGACCACGCUUAACUGAGGUCGCUUGUUGCUCAUCGUGAUUCAUUUCCACACACAAAAAGACAUUGGGAGAAGAGCGCUGAUGGGUGGGCGAAGAGGCGAUUGUCGGCUGGCAUGAGCUGACACGAGACGGCUUCAGGACUUUUGUUUUUGUACAUAUGCAGCAUAAAGCGAACCCUGAUGCUUUUUCAUAUAUCUUAUUUUGUUGUUGUUUCUCUCUUAUAUUAAAAGGAAACUUUUUUUUUACAGCAAGAUGCUCUGGAAUUUUUUUUUUUAUAUUGAUUUGAGAAGCUGUUGUGAACAUAUGAUAAAGCUGAUGUCAAGUCAAAAAUGUUGUUGGCAAUAAUAUAUUCUGUGGCCCCACACUAGUCUAAACAUAAUAUUGUAAUUAAAAUUGUGGGCUAAGAAUUAAGGAGACUGAUCACCUGUUUUACCCCAUCCGAGAAAGCUAAUAUUUUAUGCGGCACUGCCACCGGCUGUUUUCAGAUUCAGAAAACUUUAUUUAUCCCCGCGGGGCAAUUACAUCGUGUGGACUGAUAUUAAGCGCUCAUCGCGGCUCAUCCAUUUAAGCCCGUGAGCAUUUUUACAUCAAUUUCAGUCGACCGGAGGGGGCGGUGCUUCAUAAAAUGUCAGCCUCCUUAGAUGGUUGAAAGCGGCUGAAUUCGUUUUCCUAAUUCCGAAUCCAUGAACACAAAAGUAAUCAGAAUACCACGUUUCAACUAGUGGGACCACAUAGAACAAAUGAUUGCAAAGAACAUUUUUGACUUGACUUCCGCUUUAAGAUUCUAUUGUGGCUUUGAGGACGGAGCAGGGCGGAACCUGUUGAAUGUAAAACUUACAAAAAUAAAAGUUGCUUUGGCCGUUGUA